ACAGCCAGAACGCCACCUCCCCCAGCUAUAUGGCUGUGUCAUCCAAGCACUCUCUUCUCUUUCCUGUCUUCCUCUCCUGCUUGCUGGCUCACACAUACCCUCCAUUGUUUUUCUUGUGGGUCUAAGCUGAAGGGAGAAAUACAAAAAUAGAGGGAUUUGAAUAACAGCCAGAGGUGUUACGAGCUGAGAAUACUCAGAGGCAUAUGAUGGAAAAGCAAGACAUUUUUCUGCACAAUAACCCACAUGAGAGAUACAAUCUGAGAAUGCAAAGGUGCAGAGAAAAGAUGGAGAGGAAACACACAACAGAAGUGAAUCAGUGUAAGAGGAAAGUGAGGGUGUGUGUAGCAACAUGCAACAGAGCGGACUACUCCAAGCUGGCCCCCAUCAUGUUUGGGAUCAAAAACAACCCUGAGGAAUUUGAACUGGAGGUCGUAGUGCUGGGCUCUCAUCUCAUCGAUGAUUACGGAAACACUUUCCGUAUGAUCGAGCAGGACGACUUUGACAUCGGCUCCAAGCUCCACACCAUUGUGAGAGGAGAGGAUGAGGCAGCCAUGGUGGAGAGUGUUGGGCUGGCACUUGUGAAACUCCCCGAUGUGCUCCAAAGGCUGAGCCCUGACAUCCUGGUCGUCCAUGGUGACCGGUUUGACGCGCUAGCCCUUGCAACGGCUGCGGCCCUGAUGAACAUUAGGAUACUUCACCUGGAGGGAGGAGAGGUGAGUGGUACAAUUGACGACUCAAUCCGUCAUGCCAUCAGUAAACUGGCCCAUUACCACGCCUGCUGCACACGCCGGGCCGAGCAGCACCUCAUUGCCAUGUGUGAGGACCACUCUCGCAUCCUGCUGGCUGGCUGCCCUUCCUACGAUAAGCUGCUGUCAAAUAAUCACAGAGACGACUACAUGGAUAUCAUCAGGAGCUGGCUUGGUGACAAGGUGCAGGAUUCAGGCUACAUUGUGGCUUUGCAGCACCCGGUUACCACUGACAUCCACAGCUCCAUUAAGAUCUACGGGCUGAUGCUGGACGCCCUUAUUUCCUUCAACAAAAAGACCCUCAUCCUCUUCCCUAACAUUGAUGCCGGAAGUAAGGAGAUGGUGCGUGUGAUGCGAAAGAAAGGCAUUGAGCAGCACCCUAACUUCAAGGCCGUGAAGCACAUUCCCUUCGACCAUUUCAUCCAGCUGGUGAGCCACGCCGGGUGCAUGAUCGGGAACAGCAGCGGCGGGGUACGAGAGGCAGGGGCCUUCGGCACGCCGGUCAUUAACCUAGGAUCAAGGCAAACUGGCAGAGAAACGGGUGAGAAUGUUCUUCAUGUCAGAGAUGCCGACACUCAAGACAAGAUCUACCAUGCUCUGGAGCUGCAGUUUGGAAAGAGAUACCCCUGCUCCAAGAUUUAUGGUGAUGGCAAUGCAGUUCCUCGUAUUCUCAAGUUUUUACGGACCAUUGACUUAGAUGAGCCCCUCCAAAAGACUUUCUGUUUCCCUUCGGUGAAAGAAUGCAUUUCCCAGGACAUCGAUCACAUCCUGGAGACCCAGAGCGCUUUGGCUGUAGACCUGGGUGGGACCAACCUCAGGGUGGCCAUCAUCGGGAUGAGGGGUAAGAUAGUAGAGAAGUACACUCAGCCCAAUCCAAAAAGCUUCGAAGCCAGGAUGCAGCUCAUUUUAAAGAUGUGUGCAGAUGCCAUGCGGGAUGCCGUCAGCCUCAACUGUAGAAUUCUCGGUGUUGGAGUGUCCACUGGUGGGCGUGUAAACCCACAAGAAGGCUUGGUGCUGCACUCCACAAACCUGAUCCAGGAAUGGUCUGCAGUUGACUUGAGAACACCCAUAUCCGAUGCGCUGCACCUACCUGUGUGGGUAGAUAAUGACGGCAACUGUGCUGCGUUGGCUGAGAAGAAAUUUGGUUAUGGGAAGAAUGUGGAGAAUUUUGUCACUGUCAUCACAGGAACAGGUAUUGGCGGAGGCAUCAUCCAUAACAACGAGCUGAUUCAUGGCUCUACCUUCUGCGCUGCAGAGCUAGGCCACAUCAUGGUUUCAUUAGAAGGACCAGAGUGUUCCUGUGGCAGCAGAGGAUGCAUAGAGGCCUACGCGUCGGGCAAUGCUCUGCAGAGAGAGGCCAAAAGGCUACAAGAUGAGGACCUGCUGAAGGUGGAGGGGCUGAAUAUAAAACAGGCGGAGACGAUCACUGCUGCCCACCUCAUCAGUGCAGCCAGACUAGGGAACAACCAAGCCGACACUGUUCUGAACAAAGCCUCCACAGCUUUGGGCGUGGGCAUCGUAAACAUCCUCCACAUAGUGAACCCCACGCUGGUGAUACUGUCUGGAGUUUUGGCCUCUUACUACCAAGCCCCGGUGCAGCGCAUCAUUUCCGAGAGAGCGCUCAAAUCUGCCCAGGACAUCAAGGUCCUCACAUCAGUGCUGGAAGAACCUGCUUUACUUGGAGCAGCCAGCAUGGUGUUAGACUAUACGACCAGGAGAUUACAUUGAAGGAUAUGGUCCCGAUUUACGACGGACUGCAACCAACAGGAGGACUGAAAGUAUCAAAUGUACUGCCCAGAUAGAUGCCUUGAUGAAGUUUUGCUUGCGAUGUUCACAAAAAUGAAAAUCCUCGAGCCUGGGAAAAUGAUGACUGCACAAUCAGACUAUAUGAUGGCCAUCAUUGCACGGGCCAGGAAUUCAUUUUUUUAUCUACAUAGUCAAGGUUAAAUGAACACCAUAGGCUUUUAUUUAAGCAAGUAUUUAGUAACAGCAAAGCCAUCUUCAAGCCAAAAUUACCCAUACUGGGUAAGACCCAUACUGUGAUGUUGGUAGGAAAAGUCUGUCAUUAUGGGAAGCGUAUAUCAGAUGUGACCAAAAUAUUGCUAAAACAUUCUCCUGCAGCUUCCUUUCAGUUCUCCUAGAUUGCUUGCCUUCUCACGUUUUUUAUAAAUCUGUUGGAGUUUUCAUUUGAAAUGUGUUGGGUAUUUAAGAGAAGGGUCACAGUCAAGUUGAUAUGUUACAUUUCCAUGAUUUAUUCAAUAUUAUUAUGAGUUUGGGGGAAUUAUUCGUUAUUUAAAGAUGGUGGUUGUGGUAUUUGAUGAGAUUGAAGGCUUACAGGUUAAGAAAUGCUUAAUGAAAAAUCUGUUGGAAUACAAUAAUAAACCGUAAGGUAACAACUGCUAUAAAAGCUGCUACAGUAUAAGGGGGCCUGAGGGUGAAUCUUUUUCCUGAAUCAGGUGAAAUUGUAUAUACUUUUCAUAAUCACUGAUCUUAUGAAAAUGUUCACUGAUUUAGAAUUUUUUUCAUGUCUUUAGAAGAUAUAUUUUAUUGCAAACAUGUUUGCGUUUCUAUGUAAUAACAUAUUGUGCUUUACUGAUUUUAAAUUUAUUUGUAAUACUGUUUGGGUUAAUGCCCAAACAACCUUCUUGUUGAAGAUAACCACAAUAAAUAAACUUUAUUUAACUGAGGAAA